AUGCCGUCUCUCACUAACGGGGAUGCUCCAACUUGUGAAGACAGUGACUCAGGGACUUCUCAUAGCUUCCAUUCACAGUCAACGGCGGUUGUUAGUGACAGCGUAACUGAUGACGAUGCGGAAUUUGAAAGAGAAAUGCGCCUCAUGCUCAUGGGGCAUCAUCCUCAAACGAUUUACUCUCGUAAGGUGUUCCUCGGUGGCCUCCCUUCUUACUCUAAUUCAGGGUAUGCCUUCGCAAUUUUCGCUUCUGCCGAUUCUGUAGUCAGUCUAAUCAAUUCGUGUGCGAACUUUAACGGAAAAUAUUCUAUAUCAACACCUGUAUGCGGAAGUCGUCACGCUACUAUUCACAUUCGAGUGUGGUUAAACAGAGAUGCUAAGUACUGCAGUGAAAAUAGUGUGGAUUUUAUGGAUAAUCUCACCAAAAAUGCUGUAUUUGUGGGAGGUCUUCCACGUACGGUAACAGCUAAGGAACUGUUUGACUUCAUGUCACUUGCGUUUGGUGAUGUUAUUAUGACGCAGAUAGAGGUUGAAGUGGAAACAGAUUACCCAAAAGGUGCAGGAUGCGUCGUAUUUCGUGAUCGAGAUUCUUUUCUUGUUGCCAUCGCCCGUCGUUUCAUUUCUUUCAAAGUGACGGACUGUUAUAAAAAGGUUGAGUUGAAACCUUACUUGAUGCGACUUACGCAGUGCGACAUCUGUCAAAAAACGAGGGCACGAAAUUUUUGUCCGCAACUGCGUUGUCUUAAGUACAUGUGUGAGCCGUGCUGGCAACGAGCGCACAUGGACUUGGAUAAUCUUAGUGGACACCUUCCCAUGGUUCGUUCGCCGCCGAUACGUACUCGUUUUUCAACGAACAAUGCUUCCAUUCCUUGCAAUAAUCAUAAAAUACAUGAUGGGAUAUCAGGACGAGCACAGAAUAAGGUGAUGGAAGUUAGCGAAAAGGCUGAAGCUAAUGCCCGCAAUUUAUAUCGAUUUUUGAACUCUCUUCCGAUUACGCCGAUGCCAUCACUUGAAUGUGAUAGUGAACCAUCCAGAGAUUGGAACACCGAUUGUGGCCUUUUCGACGGUCGUGGACCACCUCCACAUUAUGGCUCUCGUCUCGUCACAAAUACGGUCCAGCCGUCUGCACGUCGAUGUAAUUUCAAGAAGACUGGUUCUGAAUCAUACUCUCGUCAAAACUCUCAUCUUCCCAAUCAACGUUGGAAUGGAGGUUCCGAGAACACGGUUGAGUUCUAUUCAACUGCGUUGGCAGCAGGUGGUCACUCGUGGUCAGAUCGCAUUUCAGCAUUCGCCGAUACGACAUACUCAAGACCUGUAGUAAUGUCACAUUUGAAUCAUUUUGUCCGUGCUCGUACGUCGUUCUCUCCUACUAUUCGCCGUCCAAACCGCCGUCCAUGUAACACUCAGGCACAUAAGCCCACCAACAUUACUAACAACGCAAACAAGGAUUUAAGUGACAAUGUUGCCCUUUUAGUUUCUCAGUUCCAGCUUUUUUAA